UUCCGAAAUGGCACCGAUUUCGGCACGAAUAGGGCAUACCUUUGGAAGAUGGGCAAUUGCGAAGCAGCUCUGCUAUACAAAGACCAACAUAAGCCCAGUCCAAGUGAGGAUAGACAUUCCAGGGGGUCUGUCAUACGAAGCUUUUAGUUCUGUGGAUGGUAGACCUCUGGUGAGAAGCUUAUUCCUGCUAUUUGAAUCGGCCCGGGCUUACUCAUUUUGGCCCGUCAAAAAUCCUAAUGAGACAUUUUUGGACAGUCAUUUGUUACUGAAAAACAACCUCUAUUUCAUAGCUUCUACCAGCAUUGACAUUGAUAGCAGAUUCUACGAAGAAUUUUCUCCAAAAUAUCCUCUUGUAAUUACAAAAACACUUGAUUAUAUUGGAAAAUCUUCCUCGGCAUUAACCAGUGUUUUGGAAUGUCCUUCACAGACCUUUCCGUAUGCCACUUGUAGAAUUCAAACAGUUUUAGUCAACGGUAAAACAAGGAGACCAAUGCCUUAUCCUGAUUGGUGGAGAGAGAAAUACACUCCUUAUGUACCUACAGGACAACCAAUCAUAAUGCCGCAUUUAGAAAAGUCUGGUGUAAUACAAACAUACAAUACAAAGGUAUCUUAUUCGGACAUUGAUGCCUACCUUCACACAAACUGGCAGAGUUAUGUCAGUUUUUGUAUGGAGGCUUUUUAUGACAGUGUGUUUAAAAACAAAUAUACAAGGGUGGACAAAGGAAUGGUUGGAAAGUGUUUGAAAUCAUUUGAGGCAGGAUUUAGGAAGGAAUCCUCAAUGGGAGAUGAACUUAGUGUUCAUUCCUGGGAGUCAAGUCAUGAGAAAGGAGAAAUUCAGUUUGAAAUUAAUCAUAAUGAUGAUGUGUGUUUACAUGCCAAAAUGAUAUUUCAUGAAGUGUAAUCUUUCUACAUGAAAAAAAUAUGACAAUUUAGUUACAUUAGAA